AUGGUUCAAGGGACAACGGAGCACGGGUAUUCCUUCUUGCUUGCUUUUUCGUACAUGAUCGACGCUUUUAAUGUUGGAACUACCUAUUCCAUCAUGGAUACGGAGAACCAUAUUUAUCCCAUUGCCUUUUGUGUCGUUGACAAGGAGAACGAUGCAUCUUGGACGUUCUUCUUUGAGAAGCUAAAGUCUAUUGUGGUCGAUGGACCAGAUUUGUGCUUUAUCUCCGAUAGGCACAAGAGCAUCGCCAACGGCAUCGCAAAGGCAUAUUCUCCCGAGGAGUUUACCGACCAUUUUGUGGAAUUCAAGAACUACUAUCCCGAGGUAGCCUUUUUCCUCGAGCAUGAGUUUGGUUUUGAGAAAUGGAGUAGGGCAUAUUUCCCCAGCAACAGGUUUGACGUGAUGACUACAAAUAUUGUCGAGUCGGUGAACACUAUAUUGAUUGACGAAAGGGAGUACCCCGUGGCAUCCAUAUUCAAUUUGAUUGCCAAGAGGUUUGUUGAAAUAUUCAGGGAGAGGCGUGCCUGCGUCCUCAAAUGUAAGGAUAACAAAUUUGUUCCCACCGCCGAAAAGAUCUUAAGAGACAAUAUAAGCGAGGGCGACUCCUUCUAUGUGGAGAACAUAAGCGGAGACGAAAGGCAAUACACUGUGUUCGGAAGUGGCUGUACGGCAAAAGUUGACCUACUGGAAAGGUCGUGUUUUUGCAGGAAGUUUGACCUGUUCAAAAUACCAUACGAUCACGCGAUGAUCGCUUUGUGA